AUGGAUGAAAAUCGUUUAAUAUUUCCAACAGACUCCAGUUUUGGUCCAAGUGAAAAAAAAAAUAUUGAACAAUAUUUAAGAGGAAAACAAAUUUAUUUUAGUGGAAUAUAUACAGAAUUAAAAAAAAAGAAUUUCUUUUCAUCAUCAAAACAACAACAAGAAGAACAAAAGAUAUUAAUAGUUUCAUCAUUUAGAUUUCAUGUAUUUUCAACAUCAUCAAGUAGUAAACCAUUAUUCGAUGCACAUAUAUUAGAUUUAUUAGAUUAUCAAAUAACAACUGAAGGUAGUUCAGAACAAGAGGCAACCUUAAAAUUUAAUCAAAUUACAAUUAACUUUAAUAAUUCUGAAAAAGUUCAAGAAUUAUCAAUUGCAAUAAAGAAAAUGUUUUCAUUAAAUUUCCCUGGUAUGCAAGAGAGUAAAAAUGGUAAUACGACAACAACAACAACAUCAAAUAAUAAUAAUAAUUUAAAUAUUGGAGCAUGUGGUGGAUUUUCAAGAACAUAUCGUUGUUGUUCAGAUUUUUAUGGUAUUCAAGUUAGAGAGGAUAUUUGUUGGGAAGUUGAUAAUUUAUUUGAGUCUAAUAAUAUUAAAGAUUUAAAUUUAAGUGAUUGGCCAGAAUCACCAACACCUCAACAAGGUAGAGCAAUGAUUGAUGCAUUAAAGUAUAAUCAAUGGUUUGAAUCGGUGACUGUGGCAAACUCAACACCAUCGACUCAAUGUAAGAUUGGUAAUGAUGGCGUGCAUUCAGUCAAUAGGGUAUUGGAAACCAAUAGAAAGAUAUCGAGAUUACAACUUUCUAAUAUCAAUGCAAGAGAAUCUUGGAUAACACCAGAGACUUGGAUGUCAUUGGCAUUCAAUAACUAUUUAACUCAAGUUGAUUUAUCAAAUAAUUCAAUCGAAGAUCGUGGUGUGCAAUUCCUUUGUAACGAUUGGUUAUCUACGAUCUCUCAUGAGAUUCAUUCCAUCAAUCUAUCGAAAUGUAAUAUCGGUAAGCAAGGUCUUUCCAACCUUUUCAGAGCUUUUAGACAAAAUAAAUGGAUUUCAAAGAACUUGAAAUUCCUUUCAGUCUCUGGUAAUCGUAUGGAGGAUGCUGCCUCUGAUAUGGUAUUGUUUUUAUCAGAGGCAACUGCAUUGCGUCAAUUUGAAAUGUCUAAUUGUCAACCAACUUGGUCAGCUAUUAAACCACCACCAACCAUUCAAAAAUCAAAAGAGACUAGAAUCAUUUCAAAACUUGAUUUAUCUGCUAAUAAAUUGAAUUUCAAUGCAUCAAAUAAACAACAACUCGAACAAAAUGCUAAUGAUCUUUCAUUGUUCCUUUCAAUGAUUUGUCCAAAUCUUGCAGAUAUAGAUUUAUCAUCAACUUGUCCAUCACCAAAUUCAAUCUAUACAAUUCUUUCAUCAGUUAUCAACUUAAUUCGUUUGAAUCUUUCUGAUAAUGAAUUAGAGGAAGAGGGUAUUGUUACAUUGGUAGAUAUACUCUGUCAUACUACCCUACCAAAAUUAAAACAUCUUUAUAUAAAUCGUAAUUUCACUAUCAAUACCGAUAUUAUGAAUAAAUUAUCAAUUUCAAAAGUAACUUCAAAACUUACAGGUGAUUCAAGUGGUGGUAGUGGUGGUAGUGGUGGUGGUGUUGGUAGUGGUUCAUUAGGUAAUGCAGUUAAAUCAUUGGUUAAAUUAAUUUCACCAUCAUCUUUUAGUUUAUGUCCAUUGGAAACUUUACAUUUUGCUGGUCAAAAUAAUGGUCGUGUAAAGGGUGACAUUAUACCAUUGGCUCAUGCUCUCUUAAAAAAUGAUACAAUCACUGAAAUCGAUAUCUCUGGUCAUCAUGCUGGUGAUGAUUUAGCCAUUACUUUAGGUCGUGUAAUUCAAGUAAAUAAAACUAUUAAAACUUUAUAUUGGGAUGAAAAUUUAACAACUACAGUAGGUUUAGAAUAUUUCUCAAUUGGUUUCAAACGUAAUCAAUCAAUUCAACAUAUGCCAAUGUUGGUUUUAGAUAUUGCUGAUUUCUUAAAACAACCAGAGAAUUCACCAUCAAUGCAAAUGAUAAAAGAACGUCUUCGUUUAGUCGAUACCACUACAACAGUUCAACAAAGAGUUACUCAAUUGGCUUCUGAUAUUCAAUCUCAAAUUAUUAAUAAUAAUUUAAGAAAAAUGAAAGAUGCUAUUAAUAAAGCUGUUACUAGAAAAAGAAAUGAAGCUGCAAUUUCAAAUACUAUGAAUUCUCCAAAAUCAAUAACUUCAACUAAACCACCACAACAACAACAACCACCACAAUCUAUAAAUUUACAACAACAACAACAACAACAACAACAACCAAAGAAUGAAGAACAACAACAACAACAACAAGAUUCAUCACAACAACCACAACAAAUUGAUUCACCAGUUCAAACUUCAACACAAUCACCACAAAAUGAUGAUUUUGUUGAAGAAUCUUUAAAUUAA